AUGAUCCUAAAUCUCUCCUUCAAUAAUCUUUGGGGUCCUAUUCCAAACAGCAAAGUAUUUCAAAGUUUUCCAGCCGAAGCAUUCCAAGGAAACCAAGGAUUGUGUGGCAAUGUGAAUGGAUUGCAACCAUGUCAAUUGCCACACAAGGAAAAUGGACAUGCUCCAACAAAGAGCCAUAAGAUUGUGUUUAUAGUUGUGUUUCCUCUCUUAGGAGUACUUGCUAUAUCCUUUGUAAUAAUUCUUGUGUUUCAUAAUUUCCAAAGACGAAGGAAGGGCGACCCUAAGAACAACGAGCAAUCAAUUAUAUUAUCCAUGUUUGAUAGCACAGUGAAAUUUCAAGACAUCAUGGAAGCAACCAACAACUUUGAUGCCAUGUAUUGCAUUGGGGAAGGGGGUCAUGGAACUGUCUAUAAAGCUGAUCUUCGGUCAGGUGAUAUUGUAGCUGUCAAGAGAUUCCACUGUUUACUUGACAGUAGCAAUUCAGUAGAUCAAAAGGAGUUUUUCAACGAGGUCAAGGCCUUAACAGAGAUAAGGCAUAGGAACAUUAGAGGUAGUCUGGCUAAAAUUCUAAGCAACGACAAGGAAGCGAAAGAAUUGGAUUGGUCUAAGAGAGUGAAUGUCAUCAAAGGUGUCUCUCACGCCUUGUCUUACGUGCACCACAAUUUACCAUCGCCAAUCAUUCAUCGAGACAUAUCAAGCAAAAAUAUUUUGCUAGAUUUGGAAUAUGAAGCUCAUGUUUCAGACUUUGGUACCGCUAAACUUCUCAAGCAAGACUCGUCUAAUUGGUCAAAACUAGCUGGAACACAUGGAUACAUUGCACCAGAGCUUGCUUACACAAUGAAGGUGACUGAAAAGUGUGACGUAUAUAGCUUUUGA